GCCCGCGGAGCUGCCAGAUCAUCAAAGUUUGCAGGCAAACGUGCAAAGCGGGGCCGGAGCGGAGGCCGCGGGAGCGAAUCACUGCCCCCGAAUCAAGACUCCGUGGAGAGGCUUGCUUUUAAACCCGCCCUCCGGAGAGAUCUCAUUUCCCCAAAACCUCCCAUUUUCUCUCUCUCUCUCUCUCUCUCUCUCCCUCUCCCUCUCUCUCUCCCUCUCUCUCUCUCUCUCUCCCCCUCUCUCUCUCUCCCUCUCUCCCGUCCCUCUUUUCUUUACCUUUAUCCCUCGUCUCUCGCUGUUAUGUCCACCAGAAUCAUGGCUCUCGCGGCGAGAUGUUGGUUUCUUCUCCCCUGCCUUUGCGUGAUACUGGCGAUCGAUCUGGAGGUUAUUGAGCCGAGCUACUAUGUGGAGCCCGCUGCCACAUCAGAUGCCAUCGACUACAAGGAUCCCUGCAAAGCUGCCGCCUUCCUGGGAGACAUCGCUCUGGACGAAGAGGACUUGCGGAUGUUCAAGGUGGAUCGCAUCAUAGAUGUGGCCCAGAGAACUGUCCAGACGUUCAAUCACACAGACACGGCGUCUGCGACCAAUCAAAGUAGCCAAAACAGGCAAGGUGCACAUCGCAGGAAAAGGGCCGCGACCUCCAGGCAAGAGCGGGUAUGGCCGGAAGGCGUCAUUCCAUACGUCAUCAGUGGCAACUUCAGUGGCAGUCAGCGGGCUAUAUUCCGCCAGGCUAUGCGCCACUGGGAGAAGCACACCUGUGUGACCUUCAUCGAGAGGAACCAGGAGGAGAGCUACAUUGUCUUUACCUACCGACCCUGUGGGUGCUGCUCCUAUGUAGGUCGCAGGGGCGGGGGCCCCCAGGCCAUAUCCAUCGGGAAGAACUGUGACAAGUUUGGCAUUGUUGUUCAUGAAUUGGGCCACGUGAUCGGCUUCUGGCACGAACACACGCGGCCCGAUCGGGACGAACACGUCAGCAUUAUCAGGGACAACAUUCAACCAGGACAGGAGUAUAACUUUUUGAAAAUGGAGCCAGGAGAAGUAGACUCUCUGGGAGAAGUCUAUGACUUUGACAGCAUCAUGCACUACGCCAGGAAUACAUUCUCCAGAGGUAUCUUCCUGGACACUAUCCUGCCACGCUACGAUGUCAACGGAGUACGACCACCCAUUGGCCAGAGAACCAGACUAAGCAAAGGGGAUAUUGCACAGGCACGCAAACUCUACAAGUGCUCCAGAUGUGGGGACAGUCUGCAGGACAGCAGCGGUAACUUCUCCUCGCCAGGCUUCCCCAAUGGCUACUCGGCCUACAUGAAUUGCAUCUGGAGAAUAUCAGUUACUCCAGGGGAAAAGAUCAUUCUGAACUUCACCUCCAUGGAUCUGUACAGGAGUCACUUGUGUUGGUAUGACCAUGUGGAGAUCCGAGAUGGAUACUGGAGGAAGGCCCCUCUCAAAGGUCGUUUCUGUGGAGAUAAGCUACCUGAGCCAAUCAUCUCCACCGACAGCCGUCUGUGGAUUGAGUUUCGCAGCAGCAGUAACUGGGUGGGGAAAGGUUUCUCCGCUGUAUAUGAGGCAAUCUGUGGUGGGGAGGUGAAAAGGGACAACGGGCAAAUCCAGUCCCCCAACUACCCCGAUGACUAUAGGCCCAACAAGGUGUGCAUAUGGAAGAUUUCUGUGGCGCAGGGCUACCACGUGGGCCUCACCUUCCAGUCAUUUGAGAUCGAGAGACAUGACAGCUGUGCCUACGACUACCUGGAGGUGCGUGAUGGGAACUCCGAGAACAGCCCGCUGCUCGGCCGCUUCUGUGGCUACGACAAGCCGGACGACAUCAAAACCAGCUCCAACCAGUUGUGGAUGAAGUUCGUCUCCGAUGGCUCGGUCAACAAGGCCGGCUUCGCGGCCAAUUUUUUCAAAGAGAUGGACGAGUGCUCCAAGCCGGACAACGGUCGCUGUGAGCAACGCUGUGUCAACACGUUGGGUAGCUACAAGUGCGCCUGUGAUCCAGGCUACGAGCUGGCUGCAGACAAACGCAGCUGCGAGGCUGCCUGUGGAGGAUUCAUCACCAAGCUUAAUGGAUCCAUCACCAGCCCCGGAUGGCCCAGAGAGUACCCCCCAAACAAGAACUGCAUCUGGCAGCUGGUGGCCCCCACGCAGUACCGCAUCACCCUGCUCUUUGACGUCUUCGAAACUGAGGGCAAUGACGUUUGUAAGUACGACUACGUGGAGGUGCGCAGCGGGCUUUCGGCCGAUUCGAGGCUUCACGGGAAGUUCUGUGGGGCCGAGAAACCGGAAGCCAUCACCUCCCAGUACAACAACAUGCGCAUUGAGUUCAAGUCGGACAAUACGGUGUCCAAAAAGGGCUUCAAGGCCCAGUUCUUCUCGGACAAAGACGAGUGCUCCAAGGAGAACGGAGGCUGUCAACAUGAGUGUGUCAACACCUUUGGGAGCUACAGCUGUCAGUGUAGGAGUGGCUUUGUGUUGCACGAGAACAAACAUGACUGCAAAGAAGCUGGCUGUGAUCACACUGUGAAUAGUGUGAGCGGUACUAUUACCAGCCCCAACUGGCCAGAUAAAUACCCCAGCAAGAAGACGUGCACCUGGGCGCUUUCAACCACACCAGGCCACCGCAUUAAAAUCGCCUUCAACGAGAUCGACAUGGAGGCCCACCUGGAGUGUGCCUACGAUCACAUUGAAAUCUAUGACGGCCGAGACGGAAAGUCUCCUAGUCUGGGCCGUUUCUGUGGAACCAAAAAACCUCCACCCAUCACCUCUAGUGGCAACAAGCUGUUCAUUCACUUCUUCUCUGAUAACUCGGUACAGAAGAAGGGCUUUGAGGCCUCCCAUACUGCAGAGUGUGGAGGUCGUCUGAAGGCUGAAGUCAAGACCAAGGACCUGUUCUCUCAUGCCCAGUUUGGGGACAAUAACUACCCCGGGGCCUCUGAUUGCCAAUGGGUGAUCUCAGCCGAGAAGGGCUAUGGCGUGGAGCUCAUUUUCCAGACCUUUGAGAUUGAGGAGGAGGCCGACUGCGGCUACGACUACAUGGAGCUGUUCGAUGGCGCCGACACCAAGUCUCCACGGCUGGGACGUUAUUGUGGCUCAGGGCCUCCAGAGGAGAUCUACUCGGCCGGUGACUCCAUUGUCAUCAAGUUCCGCUCCGACGACACAAUCAACAAGAAGGGGUUUCACGUACGCUACACUAGCACCAAGUUUCAGGACACACUACACUCACGCAAGUGACCAGCGGGGGCCGGAAGGGGCCGCGCAGGGCAGCGGGGCAAACGGAGAGGCCCGCAAGGGAGACGCCAGCCUGACGCUCGGAGACCUUCGGCCACCAGGAUGAAUCAGACACGACAGAACAGCCGCAAGACCACCAACCGCACCUCAGCUCCUAGGGGCUCUAGCUCCCCCCGCAGACUGUGAGGAGUAAAGCCAUUCCGCAGUACACCUUGUUUUUACCUUUUCUAUGGUUAAGAUUGGGUUGGGAGGGUGGAUAUCCGCUUUAGACGGCUUCUUGGGGGGGGAUUUAUUGACCCAAAACCUUCCAGAUUUUUUUCGUUUGUUUCUCUUUUUUUUUCGUUUUUUUUUUUUAAAUAAAAACAAAAAAAAACAAAAACAAAUUGCCUACAAAUGAGAGGCACAACGGAAAACAGUGAAUUCUCAGGACCUGUAGGAAGGCAGGCAUCAGCUGGACAGAUCCCUGCUUUUGUCCGGCCAGCCCACCACACCGAAAGGGGGAGGAGGUA